AUGACGCGGACCAUAACUGUGCUGCAGGAUGUAGGGUUAUGGUUGGAGGAAAUUAAUCUUGGAAGCUAUCGACAGGCUUUUGAAGAGAAUGGUGUCAAUGGAGAGUAUCUAGAAAGCCUGUCGAUGUUCACUACUGAACAGAUUCUUCGGUUUAUAAGACGGUGUCAUAUGAAAUGGGGAGAUUUUAUCACCCUCUGUAAAGAGUUGAGACGCAUCAAAGUUGCCUGCCUGAAAGGAGAGCAGGAAGUCCACAGGCCAUGGUGGGCGCCAUCAUGCCUUUCUGUUGUGUUCGUGCGGGUGGCCAAGCGGAACCGGCAGUCCCGCGUUGUAUCCCUGAAGCUGGAAGGUUGUGGAUUUGAGUUCGAGAUGUUGGCCUCUUUAAAAUGCCCCGAGUAUCUUCAAAAUGUUCCUUUUUUUCUGGCUAUAAGAGAUGGCAUUGCCUGCCAUGAACAAUAA